AUGCAUAAUUUUGAUUUAAACAGUCAUGAUUGCAGCUAUGAUUUUUAUGACAUUCUCAAUGUUACAAAAUCAGCUUCACAUGAUGAAAUUCGGUUUAAUUAUCUAGAAUUAUCAAAAUUAUGGCAUCCAGAUAAGAGAAAAUCGCCAUUAUCUAUUGAUUCUAGUGAUUCAAUGUAUGUGGAUGAAUCGCCUUUCCUUAAAAUAAAGACAGCUUAUACAAUUCUUAGUGACCCUGUGCUUAGGAAGUUAUAUGAUAAAUAUGGCCACAAAGCAACUGAAAUAGCCCAAUCUGUUUAUACAGAAAAUGCUUCAACUAGACGGCAGCAUGCAGAUCAAGGAGAUACCAUCUGUGAUAAAGCUUUUUGGGAUGAAUCUCUAGAUCAUGAUUCUUACUCAGUUGUGGAUCACAACAAAACUUCUAAAUCGGAUGAUAUGAAAGACAAUGUUAACAAUAGGGUUAGGGAUUUGUUGCGCAAUCAGUUUCAUCAAUCGCUACUAAAUUCGCCUAUUUCAUUCUUUACUGAUUCAACCCUUGGCCUAAAAUACAACUCCCUUUAUAUUGAUGAUCAGGAUAGGUUUUUAAGGCGGCCAUAUCUCACAUUUAACAAAUCUAUUCUGACUGGAAACCUAAAUAUCGCAUUAACUGAUAAAUCAUCCACUCAAAUAGGCUAUGAAUUGAGGAAUGAUGAUAACCACUGUACUAAUGUAAUUACUGCUUUUUUCAAUCGAAAAAUUUGGGGUUUCCUAUGUAGGGUUGGCUUUCAAACAUAUGACCCAUCUACAUUUGGCAAAAAGUGUCUAUAUAUUUCCAGAAAUGUUUCACCUCUCUAUUACUUCUCACAAUUUAUAUCUAUUGAAGGGGAUCUUUAUAAUAGUAGAACAUAUUUCAGUAAACAACUGACAAAGAAUCAAAAAGUGGAACUUGCAUAUGGUGUGAAUGAAGAUUCGGGUAUUUCGUAUAAAUAUAAGCAAUUUGGUUCUUACAAUAUAGAAUAUAUGUUCAACGUCACGCUUACCACUACAGAUUUAACAUCCUAUUUACGGGCUAAAUACCGCAAUGAUUCCAGUUCUAAGCUUACUUUGGGAUAUAAGGGUACUUAUUCUUAUCUAAAGGGUUUAAUUUUUGAAUAUUACAUCAGAUUUUAUACAUUCGUUGAAACAAUGCACAAGUUUAAGAUUGAAUAUCGUUUGUCAUGGAAACCGGGUUAUGUUGGUAUUUUGUGUAAGAUUGGCCUCGCUAACUCCAGGAUACAAGUACCUAUCGAAUUAUUUUCAAUGCCAGAUAAUGUAAAUUAUUCAAUCCAUUUGGCUUCUAUAAUAGCUUUAUCAUCCAUGAUAUCUCCUGUACUAUAUCAUUAUGCCAAAAAUUUUAUUGCGGAAAAAUUUGGGUAUAACAAGAAUGAUAAGAAUUACUAUUUUUUUGACGGGUUAGAUGAGUUGCUAAAUUUUGAUUAUUUAACAGAAUUUGAUACAACUGGCAUGUUUGAUUCCGCAUAUGAACAUGAAGGUAUAAAUUUAAACGUUAUAAGGGCUAGAAAUGAGUGUUUUGAAUUAUUUCCAGUUGCUAAAAAGGUUGCUUUUUCUGAAAAUGCUAUUAAUGGAUUGGUUAUAAAAUAUGCUUUCUAUGGUCAUCCAACCUACGUAAAAAAGCUAUCAUCAUUGGCAGAUAAGACUUGCAUUUGUGCCGAUUGGUCAACGAAUCAUAUUUUUGGUGUAAUAAUGGGCCCAUUGUUAUUCGAUACUGAAUCUCCAAUGAAACUUAAAUUGAUUAGUGAUGAUUCAUCUCUGAGUAAUAUAUACAAAUCUGAUGUAUUUUGUGAAUCAGUUGAUAUUUCCAAUGUUGCUACUAAUGAUUACAAUGAAUCAUCACCAAAAAACAAAUUAUUUUUUGACUUAACAAAUGAAGAUAUGAUAUUAUGUAAACAGCUAGUAAUUGACGUUACUAGUGCUUUACAGACCAGGGUUAAAUCUUCAUUAAUUGCUAUAUCAUCAUUUUCUAAGUCUCAUUUGAUUGGUUUUGCUAACCCUUGCAACGACGAUACAAAAUGUAUACUUAUAGUAAGGUAUACUAAGAAUAGGAAGGAUAUCACUGUGCAAAUUAACGAUGAUGAGUAUUUGCUCAUCUGA